GACGCAGACGGAGGUGCCCAUUGAUGAUUAUGUGGAACCGCCUACACCGUUGCCAAGCCCAACAGCACCGAACCCUGACUUCUCUCCAGUCCUCAGUUUGAUCACAGAGUUGGAUCAAACCAGUGCUCCUUCAGAAGAAGGUCAAAAUGAUUUCGAUGCGCAUCUCGAAUUGCAACACGAUUUAGACCUUCAAGAGCAAAACGCUCAAGAUGUCGCAGCAUUUAACGACUGGAUCACUGGAUCAGGCUACAAUGGCCUCUUCUGGGACGAGAUUGAAAACGCAAACGAGGGUGAACCUGUGGAUUUCUUGCGUCAGCACGUUGAAAUGUAUUUGCAAACACGGCACGCUUCCAUGCGCAUCAGUCCCGCCCAAUACUUGAAAGAUGUGAGCAACAGAGCAGAACUCUACCAAAAGAGCGACGCGGUUGCUGGGCGAGAGGAGUUCGUGAAGCUAUGGGAAAGUUUGGUUGGCACCUUGUCAUCCCUCCUCGGAAAGACCAAAAUUGUGCAGACCAUUGUUGACAAUGCUGGCGAUGAAACUCCUUUGCUCUACGUCAACAUGCGUCUCCCGAGCAAAGCCCAGUCAACAGAUGCAUUGGAAUGUCUGCAAGAAGAAGCUAAGCGAAGAUGGACCGCAAAGAAUUUGCCUCUCGGAGCAAAACAGCUGGUGGUCGGCCUUUCUGCGGUUGCUGGAGCACUUGGCAAAGCGGAGUUCAUCAACGCUUUUGUUGCGGCAACAAUGGCUGCAGAGAAGGUUCCAGUCAUGAUCGUUGAUGAAGCCAACAUCGCCUUUCCCGAUUGCAGUAGUAACGGUGGGAAUGGGAAUGGCAGAAGAGAAGCAGCUUACAGAGCGUUCGCAACCUUUGUGGCACUGACACAGGAGCAGCGGAAGGCGCCUGUUAUUCUGGUUGCCUCUGACUAUGCUUUCCCAUUGGGACUACAAGUUCUUGGCUUCAACAAGUAUGAUGCCCUCAAUACGAUUGUAGCUCCGGAGGUUGAAGAGAAGCUUAUGCUUUCUUUGCUGAAAGAGUGGGUUUUUUCUCAAGACUUUGGCACAGGCAAUGCCGGGCUAGGUGACCUCGUUGGCGACCCGCUUACUCGGAAGCACAUGGAGAGCUUGGCUGAGAAAGGAUGGUCGCCAGUAGAGGGUGGCGCUGCAGAAGAGGAGACGGAGAGCCAGAAGGAUGCUCGCAUCAUCGCCAAGAAGAACUUCGGCGCCAUCAUCGGCAUCACCACACCACAAGCUGGAGCAGUGUGGGUGAGGCAACUAAAGGAGGCGAUUAAGACGGAAGCCAAACUGUCCAUUGCAGCUUUCAAGAUCGACUUUUUUAGCCAACAGGACGGCAACUGGAGCAAGGAAGACGAAGAAGCUUCCAUUAAACGCGGUGUCUCCAAGUCCUCCCCUCAGUAA